GUCAGUAAUGAUACUAAAAUUGACUCAAAUUGGGGGACAAGUAUUAGCGGGGCCCUUGCCCCCCUUCAUAGUUUCGCCCCUGUGUGUGUGUUUUAAUUAAAGGUCUGAGUAAAAGGUUUCAUCAUAAGGACAGAAAUCAUUAAAAGAAGCAGAAACAGGAGGAUUUCGGAUUUCUGUGGCUUCUUCUCACAGUGCUGGACUGUUUUAUUCUCAGUUUUAUUCUCAGUCAUCCUCUUCUAGAUCAGCUGGACUUCCCUUUCCCGACUCUUGGAAGUCUUGGACUUCUCCUCCGCUAUGGUGGAUUGAGGUGUUAAAAGAUGCCGACCCAUGACUGCCGCUCACAUCCUGAUCUCAGACUGUCUAGGUGGGGCUUGUCAAGAGACGAGGCUCAACCAGACUGAAGACAUGCAGCACAUCAGACAGGCCUGCUGACGGUCAGACGGAAAGAGGAGUCACGUUUGUGGCAGUUUUUCCCCCUCAGUGCAUGACUGAUUCACUGACGGGGGGGCAAAGGAAUCCCAGCUUCUCUGUGAACAACCACACAGAGAGAAAGGUAAAAAGUGCUAUGAGUCACUGUGUGAGAUUGGACGAGACUGAAGGAGGAGGGACACAGAUAUAAUGAUGGUAGGAGGCGAGAGAGUGGCAGAGGCAGGCAAAGAAGGACAAGAGCAAGGAGGAGAGAGGCGGCCCAGCCCACUCCGCUAAAACCAUUCAACUGGUGAACCAGAGACGGCAUUCAACUCUCACAGAGGCAGAGAGGGGGGGAGCAGAGCCAGAAAGAGGCAGAGAGGAACUCCCUUCGUCUGGGAUAACUUAGUCUAACUGACACACGCCGAAAACACACUCUGCAGUGACUUCGCCCAGGGAGCACGGCAACACUUUCCCUUCAUCCAUUCAUCACAUCUGACUUUUUUUCUCUUCUUUUUGUUGUUUUUUUCUUUGGCUCGUGUGACGCCUCCACAUUUCACAGCCAUCUGUCCCUGACAAAAAAGAUAAGGAUUACUCAUUUUCUCGCUCGCCGUUGUUUUUUUUGGUCUCGUCCUCUCACUCGCUUCUUUGCAGCUUUUUUCCCUCCGUUUCGCAGGUGGACUGUGAGCUGAGCUCAACUUUGCUGCCUCCAAACUUCAGAGAGGAGGACAACGGAGAGACUGGCAGAGGAGGAGAAGACUUCUUCUUCAUUUUUUGAUUCUUGCCUGAAAUCAGAGGUGUCUUCAUCCCUGUUGUCCCAUCUGUGCAUCUGCAUCAGACAGCAUCUCAGAACCAGCCUUUCAGCCGCUCAAGUGUCUCCUGCCAUCAUGUCAGUGUUCCCGCUACUCAGCUGGGCCCUUCUGCUCCUGGUCCAGGUCCGGGGCUCCGGAUCGACCUCAGACCCAGCUUCCAUGCUCCAGCCUCUUUCCCUGAGUGUUCAUCCUCACCAAAAGCUUCAGCUGGACACCUCCUCCAGCUCCCACUGCCCCUCCUGCGCCCUGGCCAGGAUGCGGCGAAACGAAGGGGUGAUGGCGGGAGAUGGUGAUGACAAAGCAGGACAUGAGAGGGAAGAGGAGGCUGCGGCUCAACAAGACGUGGUGGAGGCUGUGAAGAGGCACAUCCUCAACAUGCUGCACCUGCAGGAGCGUCCCAACAUCACCCGGCCGGUGCCACGUGCCGCCCUCCUCAACGCUCUGCGCAAACUCCACGUGGGGCGAGUGGCCGAGGACGGCAGCGUUCAGAUCGGGGGGGAGGAUGAGAUGCGGGGGAGGGGUGGCCGUGGAGGAGGCGGCGGAGGGAUGGGAGGAGCAGCCGCUGCUCACAUGGGAGACGGCGGCGACUCAGAAGAAACAACGGAGAUCAUCACUUUCGCUGAGGCAGGUGAAUCCCAAGGCUCGAUCAACUUUGUCCUCUCCAAGGAAGGUGGUGACAUGUCUCUGGUGGAACAGGCUACUGUCUGGCUUUUCCUUCGUAUGGUCAAGACCAACCGCAGCCGAGCCAAAGUCACCAUUCGCCUCUUCCAGCAGCGCCGACUCCCCAACGGACGAUUGUCUCAACCACAGGAUGACAUCCUGCUGGCCGAGAAGAAGGUCGAUACCCGUCGCAGUGGGUGGCACACCUUUGCCGUGUCAGCGGCAGUGCAGGCGCUGCUGGAGAGCUCAGAGGGGAGCACACUGAGCCUCAGGAUGUCCUGCCCACUCUGUGCAGAUGCUGGCGUCACGGUUGUCCUUGUCUCUGGCAGCACGGAAACACUGCAGCGCAACAACCAGCGGGAACAGUCCCACCGGCCUUUCCUCAUGGCAGUGGUCCGCCAGGGAGACAGCAACGACUCGCGGCGGCGCAGAAAACGAGGUCUGGAGUGCGAUGGGAAGGUGCGUGUCUGCUGCAAGAAGCAGUUCUACGUCAACUUCAAAGACAUCGCGUGGGCUGACUGGAUAAUUGCCCCAUCGGGUUACCACGCCAACUAUUGCGAGGGCGAUUGCCCGUCUCAUGCUGCAAGCCUCCCAGGGUCCUCCCUGUCCUUUCACUCCACCGUCAUCAGCCACUACCGGAUGAAGGAGAACAGCCCCUUCCAGAGCCUGAAAUCGUGCUGCACACCCACCAAGCUACGAGCAAUGUCCAUGCUGUACUACGACGAGAAGCAAAGGAUCGUGAAGAAGGACAUCCCAAACAUGAUUGUGGAGGAGUGCGGCUGCUCGUAGACACCAAAACACAAUGGACCCAACAAAGUGGACUGAAUAGAAUUGGUGAGAGCACCUCUACGUCCCGUGUGGGAGGACAGGACAAUGAGCUGGUGACUGUGGGACUCAGUCUUUACCUCUCUCUGGGUCACUCUCUGGGAUAAAAACUUGUUUCCAAACUAUUUUAGCAGAAUUCCCAGAGAAUCUUGAUGGCACUUUCAGAAAAAGAAAAGAAAAAAAUGAAUAUCUAAUAUAUUUUUGCUACAAAAACAGGAAAAGUGAGGCUUAUUUAUGUGGCGAGACGUUCAAGCACCACUCAAUCCGUCAGAUUCUGGAAAAAUGAGGUGCCUGAAAAACUAAGGACAAAAAAACCUCUAAACUAUGCAACGUGCUUCACGUAUCAUAACUAUUGUAUUUUACUCUGUUUACUUUUUCAAAUGUUAAAAGAAGAAAGAAACAUUUUGUAUUUUUUCUUUGGAAGUGUACAUUUGUGGUGUGCGUAUGCUCGUUUGUAUGUUUGUGUGCGUUGAGAGAUACUUGAAAGAAACAAGUUGGCCCAGCUGCUGGAACCAAACACUUCUUUUUAUGUUACCAAGGUAACCAUGUUAAUUUUAUAAUUAUUAUUACUAGUAAGUAUGUUAUUAAUAUUAAUGUUAUUAAUGAUAAUAUUUCUCUUUACAAAAACGUUACAAACGUUUUCAUUGUUUGCACUAUAGCCUCACACCUUCAGAGAGUAGUCAGUAGAUAAAAGAGUCCGAAAACCCCUCCAGGACGGCCGGAGCCUCAUAAGAACCCACAGGCACCAGCAAGUCUUCCUGAUGAUGGUCAGUCUGCAGGGCCUAUUCCCUGCUUAGCCGGAGGUGACUCGUGCUGUACACAUGGGUUAAAAGUGUCAAAAAAAAGAAGGAAGGCAAACCCCAUGACAUGAUUGGUGGACUGUCCAUCAAACAGCUGCGUCAGGCUAAUUAUUUCCACCAAACACCGACAAAACUUUUAGAAACGUUUACAAAAAACUUUUUGAAGUGACUGAAUGAGAGCACCUAAAAAGCUACGUUUGUCUUUUAAAUGUAGCCAUUAUUGCUAUAGAUGUUAAAAAGUAUUUCUUAGGGGCUUUAAUGCUGCUUUCAUUUCUCCCAGUUUCCAUCAAUAGAGUCCCAAUUUAGCAAAAAGAAAAAAAAAACUUUUUGGGAUUAUUUAUAUUUAUAAGUUGUGAAACUUCAUUCGUCUAAAAAUGUUUCUGUCAGUGAAAGUAUUUGGCUAGAUCCUUUAGGAUGUAUUGGUAUGUUUACAUUUAUAGAUGGUCAGAAAAAAAUCCCACAUUGUCUAAAACAAAAGUCUGUUCUAGAGCUGAGAAGUCAAACAUUUUCUUUUUGUGCUGUAAGAAACUUCUUUUGUUGACAAUAAAACUCUUGUUCAAUUAUCCAUCAAAGAAAAUUGAUCAGCAUCUGUAUUUUGCUCAAAUUCAGACUGACUUUUUACAGCAAGACUCAACAAUGACAUUCUCAAGUUUACUCUAACAGAUGUGAUUUAAAACUCCACCCCCUGUGGACCAAAAACAAGAGCUCUUAAUGAUUUUAUUCUAUUCUUACUUUUUCCUCAUAUCUGUUUUACUUGCUGUUGGUUCUGCCUUCAGGUGGCAAUGAUAGACAAACCACACAGCAAAUGGAAAUAUUUUAACGUCAUCAUUAGGUUCAUGUUACUAAAAUGCAGAAAGUCUGACUUUAAAAGGACUUUUCUCCUUUUAAGUUUGCAUUGCAGUUGUUAUUAGGCUUUUAUUAUGCAGUUUAUCUGCACCAGUUGCAUGAAGCAUAUUGACAGGAAACACACUGACUCUGACCGGAUGAGUCUUUGUUGUUAAAUUGACAUUGACCCGAAAAGAAUUUUUAUUUUGAAGGAAAUAAGGCCAUGAUAAACUAACAAAAAAAACAUUUAAUUUGGGGUAUAACAUCAAACAUUCUGGUUAUAUAGACAAACUUGACUAAAAAAUUUAUUUAUCCCUGUUCUUCACCCCUUCAUCCCUUUUUUUGAAGAAAGUAACUUCUCUCAACAAGCCCAGUCACUGAUGGGUCAGGUCCAGUGGUCAGGCUCCGCCCACCCAGGGAGUUUGUCACUUCAAACCCACAAGAAUCAUCCCAGAAAAUGCUUUAUAUCUUUUUAUAUUUUUGUUUGAGAUUAUUGGUUUAGUUUAAAUGCAGUGACAGACUGAAAACAUUGAUUCACCAAAUUGAGAGUUUUAAUUAAAUCCUUUACACACACUACAGAUGAUUAAGGCAGUAGACGUUACACACUGCUAAAAAGAAAAAAAAAGACAAUACAUUUUUUGAUCUUUUGAUCUAAAUGUUAGAGAAUAACAUUUUUUAAAGAACUAAGAGAAAAUCCUGCAUGUUUGUCAUUCUAAGGAUCAGUGAAUGUGGUUCUGAAAGCAUUUGAAGGUUCUUUUGUGAUGAGGAGCAGCCACUUCUCAGCUUCUAGAGCACACAUGCAGGUUUAGUUUGCCCUUAGGACACCAAAGACACGUGUGCGUCAGUAGAGCUCAGAGGAAAAGUGACAGAAAGUAAAAUAAAAUGGAGUCUUUGAAGAUCUGUAGUGUGAAAUGUGAUGCAAUUAGGGGAGACAAGUAUUUUAUGUCUGAAUCCCUUUCAGAAAGACAAAACGGAAUUGUAUUGUAUCUCUGAAAGCCUUGUAUUUGUCAUUUAGAGUUGUGAUGGUUUUAGGAACUCUGCUUUCCACAAUGCUUUACACUUUCAUUUAACCUAAAAGAAAAGAGAAAAACGUUUUCUAGUUUUGCAUCUGAAGGAAAAAAAAUAGAACAAAAACCAUCAGUGUAAUUGUGUGUUUGUGAUAUCAGUAUUGUUGAUUAGUUUGCCAAAAGUCAAGAGUAUCUGUGGCCUUUUUGUCAAAACAUGGAGAGUUUUUCUGCAUUAAACUGGAGAAUGGAGCCUUUCCUUCUGAAAUCUGAGCAUCAAAACAUGUCAGAUCGAAAAAUAGUUGUCAUAAAAAAAUAAAAGUGUAAAUACAAUGAGUGGUCAGGUUUGCAAAGAGUUUUUUUUUUACUUUAUCAAGACAAGAUAAUAAUAAAUAUGAUAACGAUACAUUCUGACACUAAAAGAAGUGGACAAAGAAUAAGAGUCUAUUUUUGGUUCUGUAUAUAUUGAUAUAAAGAUUGCAGUAUGUUGCUUUGCUCUGUUGUAUGAAAUAAAUGUGCUUGUGCCAUUUUUCUAAUCUAAUUUAUUUUGCAGUAUUAUUUGUUUUUCAUCUUUAUGUUCUUCACCAUUAAAGUUUCCAGGAUGUACACAGA